AUGAUAAGAAUUCAAUAGCGAAAUACCACAAACCAUUAUAUUUAAACCACAUAAAUAUACAAAAAAAGAUAACAAUUAUUAAAAAGAGUGAGAUAUCAGAAUUAAUAUCAUCUUGCUCUUCAACUGUUUCAACAUUGAUAAAAAAAGGGAUGAUGAAGAUUUGAUUGAAAUUUACCCUAUAUUAUAUGAAAAGAAAGUCAAAAAAAAUGAAAAAAAGAAGAAUUAUACGAUUUUAAAUGCCUGGUUCAUUGCAUUUUUGAGAUUUGUAAAGUAUAGCAAUAUUUAAGCAGUUAAUUAAAUGUUAGAUUAGGACAAAUCUUAAAUCGUUCAAUGAAUAAGGGCAAUGUGCCAUCCAUAUAGGAGUGAUGAUACAAUCAAUUGAAAUGGUCAAAUUACUAUUAUAUUAUAGAGCUAAUUUAAAUGCAGGAGACUUCUUUCUUUAAAAACCACUUAUUUUGCUUUGGUGACUGAUAAUUUACAGAUACUUAGAUUGUUACUUGUUUUUAGAGCCUCUCCAUGGGAUCAAAAAUUAAGAGAUUAUUUCGUUUGUUGUAGAAGUGAAGAUGCAAACAAUCUUAUAAAACUAGCCUCAUAUCUUAAAAUAUAUAAUAAGGAUGCUGAGUGUUUAUUAAAUAUGGAAAAUAUCAAAUAACAAUGA